UAUAUUAUUCGCCUGACCGGCUAGUUAGGUACCUAAUUCCUAAAGUUGAUUUCUUAUAAAUUGGACCCUCUCUUAUUGAGGGAAUUUAAUUAAAAAAAUGUGGAAUAGUUCGGUGAACUUGUCAAAGAAUCUUCAUUACUUGUCUUCCCCAUUUUUGGCCGCGUAUAAUGGUUUUCUAUCACAACAAACACGGAACACAUUUAUACUGAAGAGGAGAACGCCUCCUGGCCUCGCAAAGAAAAAUGGUCCAGCGAAAGUCCUCAGAGGAAGACACUUUGUUUAUGACCUUAUCGAGGAUACCAAUACCCGCAAGAAGCCAGAUUUGCAAUUGAUUUUGACAUCGUACGUCGAAGGCCUGGGUGACAAAGGAGACUUAGUUACAAUUCCACGUAAUAAAGCUUAUAACAAGCUUUUAUUGCCAGGAUUAGCAUCAUAUGCGACUCCGGAAAAUAUUGAUUCGAUUAAAGCGACUGCAGAUGAUCAGGACCGUAAAUACAGCAGUCCUUAUGUGGAACGUCUGAUUAAAGUUUUUUCGACUAGGAUAGUGCCUGUUCUAAUGUCAAAUACCAAUGCAUGGGUGUUGGAAAAAUGGCAUAUCAGAACAUGGCUUCGCAGAUCUGGAUUUCACCUGCAAGAUGAAUCUAUAACACUUCCCGAUAAACCAAUUUCAGGACCAAAUCCUUCAAUAGAGGGAAAAGACUUUUACAUUACCGUUACAAUAAAUAAAAAAGAACAGGUCAAAGUAAAAUGUAGAUUAUAUCAAAUUGAUAAAAAGAAGUUCACAGUGCCUGAUGAGUAUUACAAAGAUACUGCAGAACCCAUUUUUCCUGAAGAUAAAGCUAUCUUAGAUACAAUACCAGGAAUCUUCUUUAAGGAAUCUAAAAGUCGUAUUUAGUCUAUUGUGAGAAUCCCGUAAUUGUUAAUAAAAGUAUGAAGUCUAAA